CUCUUCUCUUCAGACCCGGCGAGGUUCCUGGCCCGGGACCUGCCCGAGGCAUCGCUUAGCAGAUUCUUUAAAGGAUGGCCUCAGAUCUGGAACUGCUAUGCGCUUAUGUAAAUGAGAAGAUUGGCAAUAUUAAGAAAAUUCUGUCGUUAAGAAAUCUUGGCCAAGACCCUGCCUUGAAGACCACCUUUAGAAAAAUAGGAGAUGAGAUUGUUAUAGUAAAUGAGCUUCUAAAUCAAUUUGAAUUGGAAAUUCAGUAUCAAGAACAAAUCAACAGUUCACUCAAGGAGCUCUGUGAAUCUCUUGAAGAAGAGUUUAAAGAUGUGGAGCAUCUCAAAGAACACAUUCCUUCCCAUUUGCCUCAAGUGACAGUGGCCCAGAGCCUAGCUGACAAACCAAAUCUGGACCCUAAAGAACCAGUGGAAGUUGAGGAACCUGUACUGGCAAAAAAGCCCCCCAAAGAACAGAGAAUUAUUAAGGAAAUGCAGUUUAUAACUACUGACGAGUUUGAUGGCGUUCCUGCGUACAUGAAAUCCCGUUUAACAUAUUGUCAAAUUAAUGAUGUUAUUAAAGAAAUUAACAAGGCAGUAGUUAGUAAAUACAAGAUUAUCUAUCAAUCAAAAGCAUCUAUGAGUUCUGCGAAGAGAAAUCUCUACCAAAGAUUUAUUAAUGAAGAAACGAAGGACACAAAAGGUCGUUUUUUCAUCGUGGAAGCUGACAUAAAGGACUUUACAGCUUUGAAAGCUGACAAGAGGUUUCAUGUGAUCUUGAACAUUUUGCGGCAUUGCCAGAGACUGUCAGAGGUCCGAGGAGGAGGACUUACCCGAUACGUCAUAACCUGAGGCUUUUGCAGACUCAAGACUGACAGUAGGGUAUAGGUGGUGUGGUAGUCUUGAAAUUUUAUGUUUUUAGCUUCUACAUUUCCUGGCCUUGUUUCUAAUCGAAAUAAAAUUUUGUUUGGAUAGAGCAUAUGUAUUUUAAAAAAUGCCUUUAGGGACGUGGAUGAAGCUGGAAUCCGCAAUAAAGACAUUAAGUCAAAGUCAGAAAGACAAA